GCUGCAGGAGAGAGAAUUCUGCGCAGAAGACUCAUUGUUUUGUUUAAUAAAGUACAAAUUUAAUCAUUGUUGAAAACAAAGGAGUUUAUCAUUUGACCACCUGGAAUGGCGGAUAUCGACUUCGCCUCUUUGGCCCAAGAGCAGCCUUAUCUGUUGGCUGCUGCGCUGGGAGCAAUCGGUGUCCUGUUGUUCCUGAUAUUCGGACGCAAGUCGUACGGCCCGGUGCCCAAACACCUGAAAAGCUUUGAUAAGAUCCCAGGACCAAUUGGGCUGCCAGUGGUGGGCAACCUGUUCAGUAUUGGGUCCGGCAAGGCCUUUGUCACAUGGACUGAGUGGGCAAAAGCCUACGGCAAGAUUUACCAGUACUCUGUAUUUGGCAAGAAUUUUGUGGUUGUGACAGACCCUGCCGCCCUCCCCACAGUGCUGGGCUCUGACAGCUUUGUCAAGAGCCCCUUGGCAGUCGCCGGAGAGGGUGCCCUGUCCAAGGAAGCCCAUGCAGGCCUCGCUCCUGCAUUUGGUCCGGAAGGAGCCAAGGCACAGUUCAGCACCGCAUUGAGGAGAGCCGUGGACCUGGCAGCCAAGAUUGACAAGGAUGGCCCCGACAGAGCCACCGAUAUGCAGGCGGCUCUGGAGGAUGCCGUGCUCGAUACCGUCCUGACAAACGCCUUUGACGCAACUUCUGACAAGCUGGAUGCCGUGAAGAAGCCUCUGCAGGCCUCCCUGCGCUCCACCAGCAUCCAGGCCGCCGGGCCCAUCAGCAGCCCGCUGGGCGCGCUGUUCAGCGGCGGGUUCAAGGCCAGCCCCAAGGCCGAGGCUGCCUGGGUGGAGCUCGUGCGCGGCUUGCGCCGCCGCGGCCCGGCCGCCAAGUCCGACACAUCCCUCGCCGCCGCCCUCAACCGCCUCACCGACGCCAGCGGCGCUCCGCUAUCUGACGAGGCCGUGGCCGCCCAAGCCGCCGCACUGACCGCUGCCGCCCUGGAGCCGACCGCGCAAAGCGUUGCAUGGGCCCUGUUCUCCAUCGCAACCACGCCGAGCCUGCAGGACGGCAUCGCCAAGGAGCUGAGCGACAACGGGCUCCUGGCGCACGGCGAAGACCGCGAACCGCGCCUGCCCGAGUUCGACGACCUACCCAAGCUGCCCUACCUCACCGCUGUGAUCAAGGAGAGCCAGCGGCUGUUCCCUGCCGCCGCCAUCGGGCCGCUGCGCUACGCUGCCAAGAACACCGAGCUGGCCGGCUACUUCAUCCCCAAGGGCACCCACGUCCAGGUGCCGCUGCUGGCGCUGCACACGGCGCCGUGGAACUGGCCGCAGCCGGAGCGCUUCUGGCCGGAGCGCUGGACCACUCCCGAGCUGCGCGGAGGGCCCAAGGCCGCCUCCGAGGGCCUCGCCUCCGCCUUCCUGCCCUGCGGCGCCUCCUGCAUCAGCAGCCACGUCGCCGAGGCCCAGGUGGCGGCGUUUGUGGCGGUGCUGGCGUCGCGCUUCAAGAUGAGCCUGGCGGGCGGCGGGCGCAAGGCAGCCCUGAAGCGCCAGACUCUGGACAGCUCCCUGCGCCUGGCCGGCGGCAUGAAGAUGGUCUUCGUGCCCCGCGCCUCCAUCGGCUUCUCCAGCCGCCUCUGAGCGCCAUGCUGGACCCUUCCUAACUCCCUCUGGGAUGCGCCAAGCUCGACACUGACUGGGAUCACGGGUCCCUUUGCAAGUCCCUCUGGGGUCUGGGGGUUGCUCAAAGCUGGAUGAUCACAGGGGAAGCCCUAAUUUGUGGUCCAUGCUGGCCACUUUGGCAGACUCUACAGGAGUCUCGGGGUGUUUCUCAAAGCUGGAUGCUCACUGGGAAUGGUAACUGGGCUCCUCCGC